AUGAAGUUCAGACUUGGUAACCCGGCCGCAAUGGCCGAAACACCUAGCGAGGUGCUCAACUGGCGUCUGUACUGGAGCACCUUUGUCUUUGGUAUUCUUGGCGCUAGUCGUGGACUGGACGAAGGUCUUGUCGGUGGCAUGGUGAAUCUCAAAAGCUUCAAAGAAGAGUUUGAUCUCGAUGCUGGUUCUGAACAUCAUCAAGCUCAAGUGGAGUCCAACAUUACCAGCAUGGUCCAAAUUGGGUCCAUCGCCGGAUCACUGUUGGCGUUCUUCAUUUGCGACAAGAUCGGCCGUGUACGAUCGCUCCAGGUCCUUUGUGUGCUGUGGCUAGUCGGUUUUAUUAUCGUUGUGACAAGUCAUGGAAGUGUUGGUCAGAUUCUGGCUGGACGGUUCAUUGCUGGACUAGGUAUCGGUAUGACUGUUGUUGUUGGCCCAACAUACCUUGCCGAGACAGCUCCACGAGCUAUUCGUGGUAUGCUUACCAACAUAUUUGCUGGUUCAGUCUAUCUCGGUGUUAUGAUUGCGUAUUUCAGCAAUUGGGGAGCUUCUAUCAAUCUUCCCAACACAUCGCGAUGGCAAUGGGUGGACCCCCAGAUGUGCCACAUUGGGUUUGCGAGCUUGCUUCUCAUCCUAUCGUUCACGGUCCCCGAGACCCCACGUUGGCUCACCAUGAAGGGACGUAACGAAGAGAGCACCAAAGCUCUCUGUAAGCUCAGACAGCUCCCCGAGACACAUCCAUUUGUCCAAGCAGAGCUGUACGGUAUCCAAGAACAACUAGAACGAGAGCAAGAAGCUUUCCUUGGAGUGUCAAAAUGGGGCAAGCUACGGGAGCUGUUCACUAUCCCUGCUAACCGAUAUCGUCUUAUGCUGGGUUUCAUGGCUCAACUCCUUGGUCAGUGGUCUGGCGCUUCGGCCAUCACUAUUUAUGCGGUCGAGUUCUUUGGUGUGCUCGGAAAGUCUGGUCAAUCUGAGAAACUCUUCGCCACCUGCAUCCUUGGCGUGGUCAAGCUCAGUUCCGCUUACCUCUGCGCUUUCUUCUUGGUCGACUUUAUCGGACGACGACGUUCCCUUUACGGUGGAAUCAGUCUUCAGUUGGUUUCUAUUCUUUAUAUCGCCAUCUUCUUGAGCAUUGUCGGCACCGAAGCUCUUGAGAACGGAACCUUGACACCAUCUCAGAAGCACGCUGGUGUGGGUGCUGUUGUGAUGCUCUAUCUCUCUGGCGUAGGCUGGACAAUGGGUUGGAACUCGUUCCAAUACCUUGUCAACGCCGAAGUCUGGCCUCUCCGUCUCCGAGCUUUAGGAAGCUCUAUGACGAUGUGCUUGCACUUUGCCAACCAGUACGGUAACACAAAGGCUGUUCCGCUUAUGCUACUUGCCAUGACAAGUGCUGGAUUCUUCUACUUCUGCGCCGCUGUUUGUUUCCUUGGCCUUAUCUGGGUUUGGGCAUUUGUUCCUGAAUUGGCCGGUCGAUCGCUCGAGAGCACUGAUGAGUUGUUCUCACUACCUUGGUAUAAGAUUGGACGUCAUGGAAAUAAGCUUGCACCUGACAAUGAAGCCAUCAUGGCGAGAGACGAGAAGGCUGAGGUGAAGGGUGAAGCCGCUGAGUUGGAGUAUGGACGUAAAGAUUAG